AUGACCCUCCCUCGUCGGCUUGUAAAGCGCUGCUCAGCGCCGCGGAGCAUCGACCGACUUCAGCAGCUCCUUCAUCGCUCCACAAACCCACAGCUAUAUCCGCUCGCCCACAGGUUUGUCAAAGGAGUUCCGCUCUACCAAGGCGCGUCCCUCGCCAGCCGGCUCGCACAGUCAAGUGGAAGCGAAACGGAUCUGGCCGAACGAUUGAUGGACGAGUGGCACCAUGUCCUCGGCCGCGGCCCCGGGGCUGUCGUGAUCACAGACCUGGUUCCGACGUCGGCAGUCGACGAAGCGGGCGGAGCGUUUGCACGGAUCGCCCAAAGCGAGCGAGCGGCUCGCAGCGGUGGUGGUGGCGACCACUUCGCAUCAUCGGGCGCCAACGUACGCAUCUGGAACUCGUUCGAGAAGCUGGCAAUGGACAGCCCUUCCACGUUUGUGCGGUACCACUCGUCGACCUUGCUCGAUCUAGUUUGCGAGGCGUGGCUGGGCCCUCGCUACCAGAUGACGGCGCAGCUCAACAACGUCAUGCCCGGCGGAGCGGGACAGAAGCCACACCGCGACUACCACCUUGGCUUCCAGUCCCAGUCGCAGGCACAGCGCUUCCCCGCGGCCGCGCACAUCGCAAGCCAGCAUCUCACGUUGCAGGGCGCGGUGGCUCAAAGCGAUAUGCCCCUUGAGACGGGACCGACGCUCCUGCUCCCCGGAAGCCAGCUGUUGAAAAGUGGCUACAUCGACUUUCACGAAGCCCAGGUACAAGAUUGGGCGAGGGACAGCUUCGUCCAGCUUGAGCUGCGCAAGGGCGACGGCCUCUUCUUCAACCCGGCACUGAUCCAUGCAGCCGGCACAAACCGCACGGCGGACGUCGUCCGUUCCGCCAAUCUGCUCCAGAUCUCGAGCGCGUUCGGCCGGCCGAUGGAGCACGUUGACCGGACCGGCAUCACGCUAGCGGUCUUCACGCGCCUCCGGGCGCUCUAUGCCGGGCAGCAACCAACGCAUCCUUCGGGACUGAGGGCUCUCGUUAGGGCCGUGGCGCGCGGCUACGCUUUCCCGACCAAUUUGGAUCUCGAUCGGCCCUCGCCUGACGGUGGGAUGCCCACGACCGAGCAGGACCUGCUCUGGCAAGCACUUGGGGAGGGAUGGCACGCCUCUCGCUUUGCCGGCGAGAUGCAGAGGCUGACAGCCAAGAGGCCGGCUUCGAUGUGA